CUCAGACAAUGCUCAGGAGAGGAAACGGCUAGAACUCUACUGUUUGGACUGCCACUGUGCGCUACCUUAAGUCAGAAGGGGGAUACUAUCGCCGAACCACACCACUACCAGGGACUGAGUUCGGUUGCCUAAGAUAUCUCACAUCUUUUCAAUUUUUUUGGUAUUUCAUUUGGUCCUCAAGAAGUGGAACCAUUUUGAACCGUCUUAGUUCUGUCUGGGCUUGGCUGUUUCUCAGUAAGGGUGUUCUGUUCUGUACUGUGCCUCAGAGGCUAAACAGUCAUGUACAAAAGCAGUUACUCCCAGGCCAAGUUUGGCUUGGAGGCCAGGAGGAAGAUCCAGAAGCCCAGAGGGAAGAGCUGUGGCUACUACAUGAGGGUUGUCUUCUUCUUCUCCUCUCUGAUCCAGUCGCUCAUCAUCGUCAGUCUCGUUCUCUUCCUGGUCUACGGGAGGUCCCCGGACGCGGCAGCCGAGAGCCGGGUCCAAGACCUGGAGAAGAGCUUCAACCGUCUCUCCAUUGACAACAUGAACCUCCGGCAGCAGAAAAAGAAUCUGACGCUUCUCCUGAAUGCUACUCAGACUGACAAGAUGCGCAACAACAGGGACAUCAUAAAUCUGCGUCAAAUGGCAAACAAAUCUGUCAUGUUCAUCACCAAUCUCAGAGACCAAGCGAAUCAAUGCGAUAAUGAUAAGAGAAGCUGUCAGAUUCAACUUAACAUGAACCGAUGCCCCAGAGUCAUGACACCAAUGACAACACUAAAUGGCAACAACAACAAUAUACAUGAAAACCAGGUCCAGCGGCUAGAGCAAUUGUUAAAGCUAGUGAGCACCAACUUCAGUCAGACGGUGCAGUUCAUGAGGAUUGAGAUAGAGAACACAGCCAAGAACCGGGACACCCUCACCUUGGAUGCCAUCUCCCUCCGGAGGGACAAGACCUCCCUGCUGAAACAGCUGGAGAGCUACAGGAAGAAGUGCAAGGAGGACUUCGUCCAAUCCCUCAGUGGCAUCUCCAACGUCUCCAAAGCCUUCCUGUUGAAGAUCGACACCCUCCUGCCCAAAGUCAGCCCCUUCCUGCUCACCUGCGAGAAGCAGCGCGACCACCUGGACCAGAUCCGCAACAACUGCUCCAGUCUGUCCCGCGAGGUGGAGACCAAGUUCCAGCACUACCUGGACAACGUAGGCUCCCAGGUGUCGGAGAUCGAGGGCCGUAGCGCCAGGCUGCAGGCGGAGAAAGACCAGCUAGCCGAGGACCACCACUGGUGCAGCCAGAACCGCAGCGCCAUGGCCCUGGAGCACCAAGAAAAGUUGCAGAAGACCCAGGAGAAAUACGACCAGGAGAUGGAGAAGCUGCUGACAGGCCGCAUGAGGCUGCAGGGGGACAAGGAUCUGGGGGAGACAGCGAUGAAGGUGAAGGAGGGCGAGAUCAAAAUCCUCAACGACAAGAUCCGGAGCCUCAACGCCUCCUUGGCCAACUGUGGCUCCAGGACCGGAAUGGGUAGCCCGGGUGCAACUGGUAACACAGGGACAGGCUGGGUAGGGUCGAGUGCAACAGGGCAAGGUAACAGGGGGUCAAUUGCUGGAACAGGAUUGAUGGCAGGAAUAGGUGGGUUGGGCGCAUCUGCAUCUGCAACAGGAAACAGCAAUACAGUGUUUGGCAACACAGGAAUGGGCGGGGCAGGGUCAAGUGCAACAGGAGUGGGUACUAGGGGAUCAGGAGGGACAGGACUGAGUGGUGCCGGGUCACCAUCAGGUGUUGCAAAGAAAAUCGGACCAGGCUUGGGUAGCCCCAACAGUUACAGUUUAGCUAAUAUCAAUCAAUACUUACGCGAGCUGCAGCAGUAUUCCAAACCCAACACCGGCUCAGAAGUAUCUGGGUAAUCCAUGGAAUCGCAGAGGAAAACGGAGAAGGAAUGGGACCCUCUGCUCUAAAACCCAGUCUCCUCAUAUUGAGUUGUGGUAUGUUAAUACACAGAGUGUACAAAACAUUAAGGACACCUGCUCUUUCCAUGACAUAGACUGACCAGGUGAAUCCAGGUGAAA